GUUGGACAGACCCUCCAACCACAGGUCAUAUCCUCUUCUCCUUCUCUUCUCCUCUUCCCACCGCUCUGUUUAAUAAUUUCUACCCACACAACCCGACGCUCUUUUGAUUCCACUAUGGCCCCUGUCGAAACCGAGUAUUAUGACCUGCUGGGCGUACCGACGGACGCGAGCGACACAGACUUGAAGAAGGCGUACCGCAAAGCGGCGAUGAAGUAUCAUCCCGACAAGAACCCUUCCCCCGAUGCGGAAGAGAAAUUCAAGGAAAUGAGCAAAGCGUACCAAGUAUUGUCUGAUUCUAAUUUGCGCGCCGUGUACGACAAAAAUGGAAAGAAGAUGACGGAGAAAGAGGGCGGCGUCGGCGUCGACGAUGCUGCAGGGUUCUUCGCAAACGUCUUCGGGGGCGAGCGGUUCAUGGACUACAUCGGCGAGAUCUCCCUGAUGAAGGAGAUGAAGUCUGCGGCGGAAAACAUGUCAGAGGAAGAAAAGGCCGAGCUUGAAAAGGAGAUGAACGGCGGGCAAACGCCCCCGACGCCCUCGGCACCUGGAUUCGCGACCCCCCCUCAUCCCGCACACACUGCCCACAUCCCUUCGGAAGCAGUUUCUUCUUCGCCCGCUCCAGAUACCCCACGUGCAUCGACGUCCAUCGUUUCUUCUUCACCCGCGACGCCCGGCGAAGAAGCGCCCCCCGCGUCCAUACCCUCUCCAGAUGGUGAGCCCGCGCUAAACCCAGCGUCAGCGCCGGCUUCGGGACCCGGAUCACCAUCGACAUCGGCGGAGGGCGAUAAGAAACGCCCUGCGCCGAAGAAGCGGGGGAAGGUGACGCCGGAGCAGCGCAAGAAGGCCGAAGAGCAUGAUCGGGAGCGUAAGCGGGCGAUGGACGAGCGCAUCAAGAUCCUCACCACGAAGCUCGUCGACCGUCUGCGGCCGUUCGUGGAGGCUCAGCAUCCGGGCGAUAAGGACGACGCCGAGACCAAGGCGUUUGAGGAGAAGAUCCGGAAGGAGGCAGAUGAUUUGAAGCUGGAAAGCUUCGGCGUCGAGCUCCUGCACGCUAUUGGUACGGUGUACAUCUCCAAGGCGACUUUGUUCUUCAAGUCACGUAAGUUCCUCGGAAUCCCUGGGUUUUGGUCCCGGAUAAAGGAAAAGGGUUCUGUGGCGAAGGAUGCUUGGGGUGUCAUCGGCAGCGCUCUGAGUGCCCAGCAGCUCAUGCAUGAUAUGGAUCGCAUCAUGGCAAAGCCUGAUGCUACGCCAGCCGAUAUCAAGGCGCUUGAGAUGGACGUCACAGGGAAGAUCAUGCUCGCUUCCUGGAGAGGUACAAGAUUCGAAGUCGUGCAGGUCCUCCGAGCGGUCGCCGAGAAUGUCUUGAAGGAGCACGGCGUUUCCGAAGCCGUCUUACUCAACCGAGCUAAGGGCUUAAUGACCAUCGGUACCAUCUUCAAAAGCACUGUACCGGAUGAGUCGGAUGAAGAACGAAGAGAGCUCGAACGCAUGGUUACUGAAGCCGCGGCGAACAAGCCAAAGCACAGGACCGCCAAGGGCACGACACGAGGAGCGAAGCCCCCUACGGACGGGGCUCACGACCCAGCUGCCAAAGCCGAAGCUUCCUCGGCUGAGCCAACGCCAACCGCCUGAUUCUUUCGCUCUCGUUGUAUGCAAUUGAAUUACAGUACACAUCUCUUCCCCUCCCUUUUUCACCAUCCUAGACAAUGUCUACUCAGUUGGUUUAGUCUUAGCGUUAGAGUCUCUUUCGCUUCAUCAGCUCGCACGAAUCUCUCUGCGGUUAUAUUUGGAUAUCUGAUCUACUCACAUUGUGUCCCUUGUUUCUGUUCGUUUUGUCAGGGUCGAAUCCCGAUCACUCUCGACACGCUCGCCUCGCCUUCUGUUCGUUCGCUCGUCCGUUGGUCUCCAUCAUUUCUUUUAGGAUUUGCGUUUUCUUCUCUCUUUUGUUUAGCUUCUGAUGCCCCACUCGCUCUACGUACGCACCUCGGUAUUCUAGAGUUCUAUGCUCCAAUAAUGGUACUUCCUGUUCCUUGUUUUCCUCCG